UCAAAGUAGGAAACGAGUGGGUCACCAAGGGACAGAGUGUCCAGCAGGUGUACUACUCUAUUGGUGCUCUGGCAAAGUCAGUGUACGAGAAGAUGUUUCUUUGGAUGGUUGUGAGAAUCAACCAAUCACUGGACACCAAACAGCCUCGCCAGUACUUCAUUGGUGUGCUGGACAUUGCUGGAUUUGAGAUCUUUGAUUCCAACACCUUUGAGCAGCUGUGCAUCAACUUCACUAAUGAGAAGUUGCAACAAUUCUUCAACCACCACAUGUUUGUGCUGGAGCAAGAGGAAUACAAGAAGGAGGGCAUUGAGUGGGUUUUUAUUGACUUUGGCAUGGACCUGCAGGCUUGUAUUGAGCUUAUUUUGAAAAGGUGGCCCAUGGGUAUCAUGUCCAUCCUUGAAGAGGAGUGCAUGUUUCCCAAAGCCAGUGAUGCUACAUUUAAAGCUAAGCUUUAUGACAAUCACUUGGGGAAAACUCCAAACUUCCAGAAGCCCAGGAUUGUCAAGGGUAAACCAGAGGCUCAUUUUGCCCUCGUUCACUAUGCUGGUACUGUGGACUACAACAUUUCAAACUGGCUGGUAAAGAACAAAGACCCUCUCAAUGAGACGGUUGUAGGGUUUUUCCAGAAGUCAACUCUUAAGCUGUUGUCCAUUCUGUUUGCUAAUUACGCUACUGAUGACUCAGCUACAGAUUCUGGAGGAAAAGCUGCCAAAGGCAGCAAAAAGAAGGGUUCUUCCUUCCAGACGGUGUCAGCCCUUCAUAGGGAGAACUUGAACAAGCUGAUGACCAACUUGAGGUCAACUCACCCUCACUUUGUGCGCUGCCUCAUCCCCAAUGAGACCAAGACUCCUGGGGCGAUGGAGAAUCCUCUGGUCAUGCACCAGCUGCGCUGUAACGGUGUGCUGGAGGGCAUCAGGAUCUGCAGGAAGGGAUUCCCCAACAGGGUCCUGUAUGGAGAUUUCAAACAACGAUACCGCAUCCUAAAUCCUGCUGCUAUCCCUGAGGGACAGUUCAUUGAUAACAAGAAGGGUUCAGAAAAACUUCUGGGCUCUCUGGACAUCGAUCACAACCAGUACAAGUUAGGACAUACUAAGGUGUUUUUUAAGGCUGGUCUUUUGGGAACUCUUGAAGAAAUGCGAGAUGACCGUCUUGCACUUAUUAUAACUGGAAUUCAGUCCAUGUCUCGUGGUUUUCUAUCAAGAGAUGAGUUCAAGAAAAUUGUGGAAAGAAGAGACUCUCUGUUGGUGAUUCAGUGGAACGUACGUGCUUUCAUGGGUGUCAAGAAUUGGCCCUGGAUGAAGCUCUACUUCAAGAUCAAGCCUCUGUUGAAAAGUGCAGAGACUGAGAAAGAAAUGGCCAACAUGAAGGAGGAAUUCACCAAGUUGAAGGAAGCUUAUGCCAAAUCUGAAGCCCGCAGAAAGGAGCUUGAGGAAAAGAUGGUUUCUCUUAUCCAAGAGAAGAACGACCUGCAGCUAUUAGCACAGUCUGAGCAAGAUAAUCUUGUAGAUGCUGAGGAGAGAUGUGAGGGUCUGAUCAAGAGCAAGAUCCAGCUUGAGGCCAAAGUCAAAGAAAUGACUGAGAGACUGGAGGAUGAAGAUGAAAUGAAUGCUGAGCUGACUGCAAAGAAACGAAAACUGGAGGAUGAAUGCUCUGAGCUCAAGAAGGACAUUGAUGAUCUUGAGCUCACUCUGGCCAAAGUGGAGAAAGAGAAACAUGCCACUGAGAAUAAGGUUAAAAACAUGAUAGAAGAGAUGGCAGCUUUGGAUGAGAUCAUCGCUAAGCUGACCAAGGAGAAGAAAGCUCUUCAGGAGGCCCAUCAGCAAACGCUGGAUGACCUCCAGAGUGAGGAAGACAAAGUCAACACACUCACCAAAGCCAAAGCCAAGCUGGAGCAACAAGUGGAUGAUCUUGAAGGUUCUUUAGAGCAAGAAAAGAAAAUCCGCAUGGAUCUUGAGAGAGCUAAAAGAAAGCUUGAGGGGGACUUGAAGUUGACUCAAGAGCAUGUGAUGGAUUUGGAAAAUGACAAGCAGCAGACGGAGGAGCGGCUAAAGAAAAAAGACUUUGAAAUAAGCCAGCUCAAUAGCAAGAUUGAAGAUGGACAAGCUUUGGAGUCCCAACUCCAGAAAAAACUGAAAGAGUUGCAGGCCAGAAUUGAAGAGCUUGAGGAAGAGCUGGAGGCCGAGAGAGCAGCCCGUGCCAAAGUUGAGAAACAGAGAGCUGAUCUGUCCAGAGAACUGGAGGACAUCAGUGAGAGGUUAGAGGAGGCUGGUGGAGCCACUGUUUCUCAGAUUGAGAUGAACAAGAAACGUGAAGCUGAGUUCCAGAAACUGCGCAGAGACCUUGAAGAGGCCACUCUGCAACACGAGUCCACUGCGGCUACACUGAGGAAGAAACAUGCUGACAGUGUGGCUGAUCUGGGGGAGCAGAUUGACAACCUCCAGAGAGUGAAGCAGAAGCUGGAGAAAGAGAAGAGUGAACUCAAACUGGAACUGGACGAUGUGGUCUCCAACAUGGAGCAGCUUGCAAAGGCAAAGACAAACCUGGAGAAAAUGUGCAGGACUCUGGAAGACCAGAUGAGUGAGUACAGAACCAAGGCUGAGGAAGGUCAGCGCACAAUCAAUGAUUUUGCAUUGCAAAAAUCCAAGCUGCAAACUGAGAAUGGUGAACUUGCCAGACAGUUUGAGGAGAAAAACUCCCUGGUGACUCAGUUAACCAGAGGCAAACAAUCCAACACUCAACAAAUUGAAGACCUCAAGAGACAGCUCGAAGAAGAAGUCAAGGCUAAGAAUGCCCUGGCCCAUGCAGUUCAGUCUGCUCGUCAUGAUGCUGAUCUGCUGAGGGAGCAAUAUGAGGAGGAGCAAGAAGCCAAGGCUGAGCUACAGCGUGGUAUGUCCAAGGCAAACUCUGAAGUGGCUCAGUGGAGAACCAAGUAUGAAACUGAUGCCAUCCAGAGGACUGAGGAGCUGGAGGAAGCCAAGAAAAAGCUGACUCAGCGUCUGCAAGAUGCAGAAGAAGCUGUGGAAGCUGUCAAUGCUAAAUGCUCCUCUCUGGAGAAGACCAAGCACAGGCUGCAGAAUGAGAUUGAAGAUCUCAUGGUGGAUGUGGAGAGAUCCAAUGCUGCUGCUGCUGCUCUGGACAAGAAGCAAAGAAACUUUGAUAAAGUCCUGGCUGAGUGGAAGCAGAAGUAUGAGGAGUCCCAAACGGAACUGGAAAGUGCCCAAAAGGAAGCUAGAUCUCUGAGCACUGAACUCUUUAAAUUGAAAAACUCGUAUGAGGAGUCAUUGGACCACCUGGAGUGCAUGAAGAGAGAAAACAAGAAUCUCCAAGAGGAAAUUUCUGACCUCACUGAGCAACUUGGUGAGAGUGGGAAGAAUAUUCAUGAGCUGGAGAAACUACGAAAACAACUGGAGCAGGAGAAACAAGAGAUACAAACUGCUCUCGAAGAGGCUGAGGGUUCCCUUGAACAUGAGGAAGGCAAGAUACUUAGAGCUCAGCUGGAGUUCAAUCAGGUCAAAGCUGAUAUUGAACGUAAGCUGACAGAGAAAGAUGAAGAGAUGGAGCAAACCAAGAGGAACUUGCAGAGAAUGGUGGAUACCCUGCAAAGCUCACUGGAAUCAGAGACUCGCAGCAGGAAUGAAGCUCUCAGACUGAAGAAGAAGAUGGAGGGAGACCUCAAUGAGAUGGAGAUUCAGCUCAGCCAGGCUAACAGACAGGCAUCAGAAGCCCAGAAGCAACUCAAGGGUCUUCAUGGACAUCUCAAAGAUGCCCAACUGCAACUAGAUGAAGCUCUUCGUAGUAAUGAUGAUCUCAAAGAGAACAUCGCCAUUGUGGAGAGACGCAACAAUCUGCUGCAGGCUGAACUGGAUGAGCUGAGAUCCCUGGUGGAACAAACUGAGAGAGGAAGGAAACUGGCUGAGCAGGAACUGCUGGAUGUCAGUGAGAGAGUUCAGCUCCUGCAUUCUCAGAACACCAGCCUGCUGAAUCAAAAGAAGAAGCUGGAGGGGGAUAAUACUCAGCUUCAGACUGAGGUUGAGGAGGCAGUGCAGGAGAACAGGAAUGCCGAGGAAAAAGCCAAGAAGGCCAUCACUGAUGCUGCCAUGAUGGCAGAGGAGCUGAAGAAGGAGCAGGACACCAGUGCUCAUCUGGAGCGCAUGAAGAAGAACAUGGACCAGACCAUCAAGGACCUGCAGCACCGUCUGGAUGAGGCUGAGCAGAUCGCCAUGAAGGGAGGCAAGAAGCAGGUCCAGAAACUAGAAGCCAGGGUGAGAGAGCUGGAAAGUGAGGUGGAGAUAGAACAGAGAAAGGCCAGUGACUCCAUCAAGGGGAUUCGUAAAUAUGAGAGACGUAUCAAGGAGCUCACCUACCAGACUGAGGAAGACCGUAAGAAUCUGGCUCGCCUGCAGGAUCUGGUGGACAAACUCCAGCUGAAGGUCAAGUCCUACAAGAGAUGUGUUGAGGAUGCGGAAGAACAAGCUAAUGCCAAUCUGGGCAAGUUCCGUAAGAUACAGCAUGAGCUGGAUGAGGCAGAGGAGAGGGCGGAUAUUGCUGAAUCUCAGGUCAACAAGCUGAGAGCCAAGAGCCGUGAUAUUGGAUCCAAGAAGGGGGCCGACGAAGAGUGAAAAUAUUAGAUGGGUCUCUCUAAACAUUGAUUGCUGUGACAAUCUCUUCUGUAGUUCUGUAGAAUAAACCAGACAUGAAAAUGAA